AUGGCUGGUGACAAUAAAGACAAACUCGGUCAAGCAUCUGACCAGGUUGCAAGGCUCAACUAUAUCAGAUGGCAAGAUGUUUUCAAGACGGAAAAGCCUUACGAGGUGCUGUUCUCAGUACCGCAAGGGCGAGAACGGCAGAAUUUCGAGCUGGAAGCAGGCCCAGAACAACGAAUUCAAGCUGCUCGCGGUCGUGAGUCACAAUUUAACUUAGAUACCCAUGGUUUCGAGUUCAGACGGCAAACCAUGGAGCUGGAGCUUUUCACCCGAGAGAGGAUCGAAUCACUUUACUUUGCUUCCAUUAGGUCGAUUCUGGGAGAAGCUGUGGGAGACGCUGCCGAAGUCGUCAUUUUUGACUGGAGGCUUCGGUCAAGUGACCAGAGUCGUACCAUACACGAUCUGGGUGUGGACGCCCAGCAUGGCACAACGAGUGCUGUAUUACUCCCUGUCUGUGCAGUGCACAACGAUCAGAGUCGAUUGGGUGCUAUAAAACGGGUCCGUUAUCACAUGGGUGAUCGGGCUGAUGACCUUUUGCGUGGGAGGGUUCGCAUCAUCAAUAUCUGGCGCCCGCUACGAUUUGCGGUAGAAGACUUUCCACUAGCAGUGUGCGAUGGAAGUAGCGUUCCGCCGGAGUCCUUGGUGUCCGUGGAUCAUGUCACCAGAGGUUAUAUCGGGGAAAGCUACUACCCGCUGUAUCACGCGUCACACAGGUGGUAUUACCUCGAUAAGCAAACAAAAGACGAAGUCUUGCUAUUCAAGACGUUUGAUUCCUCAGCAGACGCUAAGGCAAAGUGCUGCCCGCACACUGCGUUGCCCCCACAAGACGUUGGCGCCAGCCACAAUCCGCGGGAGAGCAUCGAGGUAAGAGCGUUGGUAUUUACGAAGGGUUAA